AUGAAGGGGCGCGAUGAUAGUGUUUCUGUUGGAACGGGGCCCGUCAGAAACCGUGGCAACAGCAGUACCAGCGCUGAUGGCGACAAGACUGGUGCCGGCGGCACAAACGACGGCAUCUAUGGCGGCGACAUCUAUCCCGGCGUUCUCCCUGCUGUCCCGGCCGACGGCGUGCCGGUCAUUCCGAACAAGGACCGCCGCACCGACGCCGCCACUGCAGCGUCGGCCGCUGGCGUCCGGGCCCUGUCGGCGCAGGCACUGCAGUUCUACUUCCGUGCGCCGGUCAAGGCAUUCUUCCGCACGCGGGUCGACUAUCUGGCAUACGCACGCGGCGCCGACGGCGGAUUCGCGGCGAACGGUGCCGGCUCAUCCUCGCGGCUCUGGGCAUGGUUCAGCGGCACGACCCCGGGCGUGUUGACCCUGGCCAUCAAGCGGCACGGCUGGUCCGUUGUGCCCGACCAGGUGAUGCCGCCGCUGAUGGCCAACAUUGGCGUGGCGGCCGUGCUGUACACAAGCUACCUGCAGAUCCUGGCCCGGCUCCACCCGGAAAGUGGCCAGGCGCGCAAGCGUGUAUACCCUCCACCAGCACCAAUGGAGACGUUUGUGGCUGGAUUCCUCGCCGGAAGCAUUCAGAGUCUAGUGGCGGCGCCUCUCGACGCCAUCCAGGCACGCUACGACCAUCGGGACGUGGCCGCGGACGCUGUCGGCAACGGCAAAGGCGCCCCUCGGAGCAUGUGGGCCUUUAGUGCAGCCAAGCUGCGCGAGAUUGGGCUGCGCGGUAUUUUUGCCGGCUGGGGCCUGUCGUUUGUCAAAGACAGCUUCGGCAACGGCGUGUUCUUUUCCGUGUUUGAAUACGUCAAAGCCCAGAGCUACUACAGCUUUGUGGCAUACUACUACGGCGCGCUCGACGGAUCAAAGAUUAUGGAGCAGCAGAUGCGGGAGCAGACGGCGGAGCGGCGGAAGCAGCAACGGCAGCAGUGGGUGCAGGGCCAGGUCAGUGGUCUCGAAGCCCGCGUCGAGAGCGCAAAGCACACGCUACAUGGCGACAAGGCGCACAGCUCCGACCAAGAACACAUACAUCACCAGCACCCGCCGAUACCCCUGGUCCCCAAGGCAUGGGCGGAAGCUCGAGCAAGGGAGCGGGCAGAGAAGGAAGCGGCCAUGCCUCUUGUGAUCCGGCCUCACUAUGCGCUGGAGCCAACAUUCUUGCUGCUGGCCGGGGUCAGUGCUUCGUUUGCCCAGCAGGUGCUCUUGCAUCCGCUCACACACUUUCAAGUUGUGCAUUGGGACAUGCUGGAAGAUCUCGAUGCCGCAGUGAAGGCCGACCGUGAGGCAGCAGCAGCACGGGCCGCUGCAUCCAAGUUUGCUACUACGACGAAUGGCAACGGCGGAGCUGCUGGCCGUGACGGUUCGGGCAACGGCACUGCAAAUACCAACAGUUUACGCAACCGCCUCGGCCGUGUCUUCCGCUUGCCACGGUUCCAUUUUAUGCGCACAUACUACCACGCCUACUUACAAACACUGAGCACAUGUACCGACAUGGCGGCGGCCGAGGGCCGUUCGCUCAUGUCAUGGCUCUACCGCGGAUUUUGGUGGAAUACCAUCCGGCAGGUACCGAGCACAAGCGCCGGCCUGAUCAUCUUUGAGCUGUUGCGGCGAAAGUACGGCAUGUCUGGGGAGGAGGUGCGGAUCAGCCAGGAUGGCUAUGAUAUUUUGCUCCGCUAG